ACGGAGGCUUUAUAUAUGACGUCACCCCGGAGUAGGUCGCGACACACACACACAGCUGACGACGGGCCGAGCUCCACGGCGACUCCUCGGCACAGAUACCCGCCGGCUACUAACCACGAGGAUACACUUCCGAGUGCGCCACUCUCGCUCUCCUUCAGAAACUUUCAGAAGCAUCGCAGAAUGAUGGCCGAAUCAUUGGAGCAUAUGCCUAAACACGAAACACUGAAAUUGCGAGAGCGAUACAUCGGAGAGUCGUGCACGCUUUUCUACAAGUCGAAUCCACUGAAGAUCGUCAAGGCCAAAGGCCAAUACAUGUACGACGAGAGGGGCGAGGAGUUCCUCGACUGCAUCAACAACGUUGCUCAUGUGGGCCACUGUCACCAGGAGGUGGUGCGAGCUGGCCAGGAGCAGAUGGCCCUUCUCUCGACGAACAUGCGCUUCCUCCACGACAACAUCGUGAUAUGCGCCCGAAGGCUGACCUCCACCCUACCGGAGAAGCUGUCGGUUUGCUUCUUCGUGAAUUCCGGCAGCGAGGCCAACGACCUCGCGCUCCGCCUCGCCCACACCCACACCGGCAACAAGGACAUCAUCACCCUUGACCAUGCUUAUCAUGGGCAUUUGACUUCGAUGAUCGAUAUAUCACCCUACAAAUUCAAACUCAUGGAAAACGGCAAGAAAGAUCACGUGCACGUUGCUCCCUGUCCAGACGUUUAUCGUGGCAAGUAUCGCGACGACGUAUACCCGGGUGAAGAUCUUGGAAUUAAGUACGCCGAGGACGUUAAAAAUAUUUGCGAGGAUCUCGCGGCGAAAAGCCGAGGUGUCGCUGCUUUUAUAGCCGAGAGUCUCAUGUCCGUUGGCGGACAAAUUCUACCACCGGAUAAUUACUUCAGAAAUGUCUACAAGCACGUGCGCGCCGCCGGCGGCAUCUGUAUCGCCGACGAGGUCCAGGUCGGCUUCGGUCGCGUCGGCAGCCACAUGUGGGCCUUCCAGAUGUACGGCGAGGACGUCGUCCCGGACAUCGUCACCGUCGGCAAGCCCAUGGGCAACGGUCAUCCCGUCGCCGCGGUCAUCACGACGCAGGAGAUCGCGCGCAGCUUCCGCAACACUGGUAUCGAGUAUUUCAAUACGUACGGGGGCAAUCCAGUCUCCUGCGCCGUGGCCAAUGCCGUGAUGGAGGUAAUCGAGCGCGAGAACCUCCAGGAGCACGCGUUCAAGGUCGGCAAUCACUUGAUGUCCGAAUUGAAGAAGUUGGGGAAGCGUCGGUCCUUGAUUGGCGAUGUGCGUGGUGCCGGCCUCUUCGUCGGCAUUGAGCUCGUGCUCGACCGCAAGAGCCGUACACCGGCCGUAGCCGAGGCCAAGUACGUCGUCUACAGGAUGAAGGAGGAGAAGAUAAUCGUGAGCAGUGAGGGCCCCGACUACAAUAUACUGAAGCUCAAACCACCGAUGACGUUCAGCGUCGAUAACGCCAAUCAAUUCGUCGCCAAGCUCGACGAUAUUCUCCAGGAGGUCGAGAUCGCCGAGGAAGAGAUACCGAAGCCGACGACUGCGAUAUUGAAGGCUCUAAUAACACCUGUGCAAAUGGAUUUAGACCCAUUAUCAGCAAAUAUCAACACGGUUCUCGUAAAAUCAAGUUAAUGUUACGAAUAAGUUAUUAUUAAAUUUUAUUGUUUAAGGCGCAAUAACUUUUAAGUAUUACAUCAUAAAGAAAUUAGAUUUUAUGACUAUGUAGACUUAUAGACGCUUGAAGUCUUCAAACAUUUGUACAUAAAAUAUGUAAAUAUGUAUUUAGUUUAAUGUUUAUGUAAUGCUCUACUGUAUCAUUAUGCUAUAAGUCAAUUGUUACAUUUGCCUAACAAAGUUGUGUUAUAAGUUAUGAUUUCAAUUAACAUAUAAUUUAGAUAUUUUCAAUCUUCUUG